AUGCCGAACGCUGAGUAACACAAGGAAAACUUUACUAUCAACACCACCACCACCACUAUCACCACCGCCACCACUAUCACCGCCACCACCACCACCACCACCGCCAUCACCACCACUACCCAGAGCUCUCAAACUCCAGCGAGAACUGAUAAACAAACCAACAACAAGCGAACGCAAGGAUGGCCCCUCCUCCCCCGCCACGCUCCAUCGGCUUCAGCAUGCAGGCCUUCAAGCGCUACCCCGAGUGUGGCCAUGGCGACGGUUUCCUUGGCUGCAGACCCGCUGGGAGGGAGGAAGGGGUGAUUAUCCCUCUGGUGUCCAUCCUGGGUGCUGCCAUGGUGGGCCUCAGUGUGUGGAGUGGCUAUGCACUUCUCACCAAGUCUGAUGUUAAGCUGCGUCGUAGUGAGCUCUCUCGCUGGGACACGAUUCAAGUCGACCAACCCCAAAAGGUAAGUCAGUCAGUCCGCAGUCAGAGCCAGCUAAUUAAUCUUCACCUGUACUGCGGACCCUUGCCACCAGGUGUCUCCAACCAUCCCCGCCCGAGCCCCUGCCACGAACACCCCAACAAGCCUCCCUCAGGGCCUUAAAACUCCCCAACUCAG